AUGCCUGCGUCCGCCAGUCGACUCGCCGAUCUUCAGAAGAGGGUAUGGACCGGCAGCAUACCACUCGAGAUCCGCCUUGCAGCAUCAGAUUGCCGAACCUACGAUGAAUCUGAACCAUACCUGGUGCAGUGUCCGAGACUGUCGUAUCUAGCUUUCUUGCUCCCCAGGCUACACGCUUUCCUGUCCCCAAGCCUCAUCAACCCGGACGUCCAACCACAUGAUGCUUGGUUCUCCUUCGAGGACGUGCCUUUGAAGUGGCAUUAUCCUCUAGGAUUGCUAUAUGAUCUCUUCUCUGGAGCGGAUCCUGUGACUCUCGAUGGUUCAGGAGAAGCAGGUCCAAUAUCGCCAGGGAACACGCGCGCUUCGCCACUACCAUGGCGGCUUGAGGUCCACUAUACCGAUUAUCCAGACGAUCAGCUUAUUCGACUGGACGCCGAUGGAAGAGCGUUGUUGGAUUCCUACAUCAACGCUGUCAAGGAAGCCGACUACAUCAGAAACGGCACCGCCAGGAUGGUGAUGUCGUUGGGCAAGGAUGACUCGGACAAUCUGUGGCGAGCGGUGCAGCAUCAUGAUCUCGCCCUCUUCAACAGUAUCAACAACAAGCUGCUAUACCCACCAGGAAUGGAGCUACGUCAUGUGCCUAUGAAGAUCUACCUUCCCAACUCUGCUAAUCCAACGGCGUCGGACACUAUCAACGAGGAGACAAGAGCUGCUGGCCACAUCCGAGUCGUGCAGUCUUUGGUGCCACUUCAGCUUCCGUCGAAGCAGCCUCAGACCAUGGGAACCGCGCUGAACAGCAUAUUGCCUGCCAUCUUUCCGAGUCGAAGGAACCCGCUUCUAGCUCAGCCGGUGCUGCAUGGGACGGUCGUUCCUUUAGCUGCGAACGUCGAGGAGCUCGGAAAAGCUGCUGCAUAUCCGGACGGCUUCCUGCAUGUCGCUGUUGUUAUGCUUGGGUGA